CUGGGGACAGGGGGAGAGCAGCAGAAGUGCCCCUUCUCCAGGACCCAGGAACUGGGGUGGGGACAGGAGGGAGGCUGUUUUCUGGACCCCAGUCCUCUGAGCCAGCACCUGGAACAGAACCAGGAAGGACUCUGGAGCCAGAGGAAAGGACAGACAGAUGGAGGCCGAGGACAAAAGUGAGGAAGAGCCGAGGGGACCCAGCAGGGCCCCCCGAAUGAGGACUUUCCAGAGCCAGGAGAACUCUCCAGAAGAGAGGCUGCCCACAGAGCGGAGCGGGCUGUGGGCAAUGGCCAGGCGGGCACUGAUGACUGUCCUGCUCCUAAGCAUGCUCCUUGCUGCUUCUGUGUUCCUGUUAUACACCUUCCAGACCUGUGGCCCGAGCCCCUGUGAGACACCUGAGUGCUGGGAGCUCAGCGCUCUUUACCUGGCAUCUGGGAACAGCAAAGUGGCCCCCUGCACCGACUUCUUCAGCUUCGCCUGCGGAAAGGCCAACGGGACCGUUGAUUCUGUCCAGGUCCUUGCUGAGGAGAACAAGAGGCGACUUCGGGGAAUACUGGAGGCCCAGGGCUCCUGGCACCCAGGUUCGGGGGAGGAGAAAGCCUUCCAAUUCUAUAAUUCCUGCAUGGACACACAUGCCAUUGAAGCCGCAGGGGCUGGUCCCCUCAGACAAGUUAUUGAGGAGGUUGGAGGCUGGCCCGUCUCCGGUAACUGGACUUCCUUAGACUUUAACCGAACUCUGACACUUCUCAUGAGCCAGUAUGGCCACUUCCCAUUCUUCGAAGCCUACCUGGGACCUCAUCCCUUCUCUCCACACACGCCAGUCAUCCAGAUAGACCAGCCAGAGUUUGACGUUCCCCUCAAGCAAGAUCAGGAACAGAAGGUCUCUGCCCAGAUCUUUCGGGAGUACCUGGCUUACCUGAACCAGCUGGGAAUCUUGCUGGGCGGGGCCCCGGAAAAGGUGCAACAACAUGCCUCCUUGUCCAUCUCCAUCACCUCACGGCUGUCCCGGUUUCUGAGGCCCCUGGAGCUGCGGCAGGUCCAGGGCAAACCCUUCCAGAUGGUCACUGUUGACCAACUCCAGGAAAAGGCCCCUGCCAUCGACUGGUUGUCCUGCUUGCAAGCGACAUUCACACCGAUGCCCCUGAGCCCCUCCCAGCCCCUCAUGGUCCACGACCUGGAGUAUUUGGAAGACAUGUCGCAACUGGUGGAAGAGCUGGUGUUGACGCACAGGGACUUUCUGCAGAGCUACAUGAUCUUGGGGCUGGUGGGGACACUUUCUCCAGCCCUGGACAGUAAAUUCCAGGAUGCACGCAGAGAGCUGAGGCAGAAACUUCGAGAGCUGACAGAGCAACCACCUGUGCCUGCCCCGCCUCGAUGGAUGCAGUGCGUGGAGGAGACAGGCGCCUUCUUCGAGCCCACACUGGCGGCCUCAUAUGUUCGGGAGGCCUUUGACCAGAGGACCCGAAGUGCUGCCAUGGAAUUAUUCACAGCCGUCAGGGACGCCCUGGUCACUCGCCUCAGAAGGCUUCCCUGGAUGAAUAAGGAGACCCGGGAGGAGGCCGAGGACAAGGUCGCCCAACUGCGGGUGGAGAUGGGGGCCCCCGAAUGGGUCCUGAAGCCAGAGCUGGCCAGACAAGAGUACAGCGAUGUGGGUCCCCGAGCUUCCCAUCUUGUCUCAGUCCUUGCCUUCUUUCUGCUCACUUCACCAGCCCUCCUGAGCAUCUGCCGGACGAUACAGCUUGGACCCAGCUUCCUGCACUCUGUCCUGAGCUGUGUCCGAUCCCUUCAAGCUAGAAUUGUCCGGAGCUUCUUGCAGCCUUUGCCCCGCCACAGAUGGAAAAUGUCCCCCUGGGCUGUCAACGCUUACUACUCGAUACCCGACCAUGUGGUGGUCUUCCCGGCGGGACUCCUCCAGCCCCCGUUCUUCCACCCUGGCUACCCCAGAGCCGUGAACUUUGGCGCUGCUGGCAGCAUCAUGGCCCACGAGCUGUUGCACAUCUUCUACAAGCUUUUGCUCCCUGGGGGCUGCCCGGCCUGUGACACCGAUGCCCUGCAGAGGGAGCUGCUGUGCCUGGAGCACCAGUAUGCUGCCUUCCCGUCCCAUGGCAGAAGCUCCUUCAAUGGUUCCAGAACCCUCCUGGAGAACGCCGCGGACGUGGGCGGGCUGGCCAUCGCACUGCAGGCAUACAACCAGAGGCUGCUUAUGCACUAUGGGGAGACCACCCUGCCCGGCCUGGACCUCAGCCCCCAGCAGAUCUUCUUCCGAAGCUACGCCCAGGCGACAUGCAGAGGGCACAGCUCCCAGGACUCCCAGCGCACACACGGCCCUGGCCCCCUUCGAGUCCACGGGCCCCUCAGCAACACCCCAGCCUUUGCCAGAUAUUUCCGCUGUCCACAUGGAGCCCUCCUGAACCCUUCCAGCCGCUGCCACCUCUGGUAACCGGGCUGCCAAAGAGACCACAGCACAGAUGUGCCAGCGUCUCCCUGGCCCGAUGCAGGGAAUCAGGGCAAUAGCUCCUCUCCCCUUCCGUUCCAAAAAUAAAAGCUGGCGCUUGGCUUCUGCCUGUCUCU